CAGCUGGGAGGUGAAUCAGUCUUUCAGAUUUGUUUAGUGCUAUUAGGUAAGGCUGAAUAAACAUUUAGCAAAAAUAGACAAUAAUAUCAGAAGGGAACAAGCUCAGAUCAGGUGCUAAUGUCAUUGUAGCAUAGCAUUUCGUGAUUCUGGUUUUACUGUACCCAUCUUCCGUAGAAGUGACUUCUUAAGUCUCUUCUUUAUUUAAAUCUGAACAUUUUUCCUCGUGUGGGAAAUACAUACUGUAGCAAGCCUGGACAAUGUACUACGUGAAAAAGAAGUCCCAGUACAACCUGCUAAGCAGCGGCAUGGAUCAAAAUCUCAGCAGUAGAGCGGCAUCCACCAGCCCAUACAGUUCUGAGCAUACUUCUAACGUCCCAACGCCGUCUCCCUACUCACAGCCUAACUCUACUUUUGAUGCAAUGUCACCUGCUCCUGCCAUCCCAUCCAAUACGGACUAUCCGGGUCCGCAUAACUUUGAAGUAACUUUCCAGCAAUCCAGCACCGCAAAGUCUGCCACCUGGACGUAUUCACCAUUACUUAAGAAACUCUACUGUCAGAUUGCCAAGACUUGUCCCAUCCAAAUUAAGCUCUCCUCACCUGCUCCUCCUGGAAGUGUAAUUCGGGCCAUGCCAGUUUACAAAAAAGCUGAGCAUGUGACAGAGGUGGUAAAACGUUGUCCAAACCAUGAACUUGGAAGGGAUUUCAAUGACAGUCAGGUAGCUCCAGCAAGCCAUCUCAUUCGUGUUGAAGGAAACAACUUGUGCCAAUAUAUUGAUGACCCUGUAACAGGGAGACAGAGUGUGAUUGUGCCCUACGAGUCUCCACAGGUGGGAACUGAGUUCACAACAAUCCUGUACAACUUUAUGUGUAAUAGUAGUUGUGUUGGAGGGAUGAACAGAAGACCAAUACUUAUUAUCAUCACACUGGAGACUCGAGAUGGUCAGGUCCUGGGUCGGAGGUCAUUUGAGGGAAGGAUCUGUGCCUGUCCAGGAAGGGAUAGAAAAGCGGACGAAGACCAUUUCAGGGAGCAGCAGGCCAUGAACGACACCGUGGCCAAAAAUGGAAACGCCAACAAGCGCACUUUUAAACAGACACCACAGAACAUUCCUGGACCAGGAAUUACUAUCAAAAAGAGACGACAUGGAGAAGAAGAGAUAUAUUACAUUCCUGUCCGUGGCCGUGAGAAUUUUGAAAUUCUUAUGAAAAUAAAAGAUAGCCUAGAGCUUGUGGAGUUGGUCCCUCAACAGUUAGUAGACUCAUACCGACAGCAACAGCAGCAGCUUUUGCAGAGACAGAACCAUAUGCACUCUCCUUCCUCCUAUGGACCUGUGAUGCCCAAUCUGAACAAAGUACACGGAGGGAUAAACAAGCUGCCAUCUGUCAACCAGCUUGUAGGACAAACAUCCCAGCAAAGUCCUAAUACUGCCACCAGUAUGGGACCCAUGGGGCCCAGCCUGCUUAAUAGCCACCACAUGCACAAUGGUGAUAUGAACAUGGCUCACACCACUCAGUCAAUGGUGUCAGCUUCACAUUGUACUCCUCCACCAUCCUACAACCCUGACCCAAGCCUAAUAAGCUUUUUAUCCAGCCUUGGGUGCCAAAACUGUGUGGACUACUUCACCUCCCAGGGACUGCAGAGCAUGUACCACCUUCAGAACCUGACAAUGGAGGACUUGGCCAUUUUGAAGAUUCCAGAGCAGUAUCGUCUUGUCAUCUGGAGGGGCCUUCAAGAACUGAAACAGAACCACGAUUACAACGGUCAGCAGCUGAUCCGUUCCACUAGCAGCAACACAUCAACCAUGGCCAUAGGCCCCACUGGGGAGCUACAACGGCAGAGGGUUAUGGAAGCUGUACACUUUCGUGUCCGUCACACUAUCACUAUACCCAAUCGAGGCGGAGCCGGGGCCGGGGGCUCUGAAGACUGGUCAGACUUUGGCUUUGAUAUGCCAGACUGUAAGUCCAGGAAACAGUCUAUCAAGGAAGAGUUUACAGAAGGUGAGGUCAACUAGGAAUUUUGGUAGAGAAGGGGGUAAUCACCCCCCCCAGUAAAACAGACUUGCCUUCACUGAUACAUUCUUAUAGCCACUUGAUCCCCUCAAUAUCAAUUUAAGGCAUUGUUUAAGGUCUUGUAAAAUGACUGUAUUAAGAUUGCAAUACGAAUCAGCAAAUUUUAGUAGCGCAUCUCACGGACCAUAGUUUUGGAAUCAUUCCCAAGUUUUUGUCUAAAUUUUUAUGUUUGCAAACAAUUGAUUCCAUGGAGAAGCGUACAGCAGCACUGAAUUUUGCUUUCAAAUGUAGUGCAUCUGUUUCUCACGAUCGCAUGUAUGUCUCUUUGCAUAUUUUGAAGAUUUUAUCCUAAACUUGGGAGAAGAUGACAAAACAAUACCUCUCUGGACGGGGCACCAAUGAUAUUAGCUGGUGUCACCAUCUCUAUUUGGGAUGAAGCCACUAAUCAGUAGCAAUUAAAAUAAGAAGAGGGGUAAGAAAUCUGUGACUUCAACUAGGAGGUGUCUGACACGCACGACUGGAAAAGAAAAAAACGUCAGUAGCGAUGUGGGUGACAUGUGCCACCACACCCCCUUUGCCAAGAUCCUUAAUCUGCCAUUAAAAAUCAAAGAGGACAAGAAGUGAGAGUGCAGGUGUGCCCCCUUCUGGACACUGCUAACCAACCCACUAUAAAUUUGUAUUUAUAUAUAAAUUUUACAGAAUGGAUUUCCAAAAGUGUUCUAUGCUCACGGGCUGAUAUGUGUCGAUACAGAAGCCAAGAAACCAAUGGGUCUCCGACAGACAGCGGCAUUCCUUCGCUUUGUGUGAAUGCUCAUCUUCAUGUAAAUUAUGUGUGUAUAUAUGUUUAUAUUGGAAAUGACGCGUGAACAAUGACGUUUGUGUCUUUAUUUUUGUUUUUUUGGUGAAACAAUUUAAAUUGUCAAUUGAGAUCAUGUUUUACUUUUGUUUUAAGAAAGCAUUUGGUUUUUCACUUGUCAACAAAAAACACAAGCAGUUUGGUUGAUAAUUUUUGUGGAUAAUUUAAAAAAAAAAUGUUUUAGUCCUAGCU